AUGGUGGAUACAGUGACAACAACAACAACAACAAUGGGGACUGAUAAUGAUGAUUGGGAAGUAGCCGUCGAUACGGGUGAAUUUGAUAAACGACUUGAACAACAAGAAAAAGCUCGUGCAGCUAAUCAAGAACCCACUAUAUCUACUGUAUCAUCCAUUGUGAAUGAUGAUGACAGUCGAACUUCAUCAAAUAUCAAUUUUAUGAAUUCGAAUAAACCAAUUCGAAUUCUUAAACGACCAACCAGUCAAUGUCAAUUACCAACUAAUAACGAUGUAACUAAUUCUUUAAUAGCAGCAACCACUACUGCUUCUACGGCAGCAUUAAAUAAUAACAAUAAUACUAAUAACAGUAAUUCAUCUUUUUCUACUAAUAUAUCUUCGUCUACAACAGUGCCUGUCGUAUCGAUCAUUCCACGUACUCAUACUAAAGAUUCAACUAAUUCUUCACAAUCAAUAACAACGCCUGUUUUUUCUUCAUCUUCUUUAUCGUCUCAAUCAACAAAACCUGCUAUUAAAACUUAUGAACAACGUGAACUUGAAUAUAGACUAGCUAGACUAAGAAUAAUGGGUGAAGAAGAAAGUUCAGCGAAAGAUGAUGAUGAUAUACCUGUUGUCGAAUCUACACCCGUGCCUACAGAUGAUACUACUAAACCUAUUACAUUGUCUUCUACUUCUUCAACUAUAAGAACAACAAAUAAAAUGAGUGGAGUUUCUCAACAACCACUUCAAUGUCAUUCGACACCUGGUAGUUACGCUUCAAAUUUGUAUACACUUACUGAUGCACCAUCAAAUACUGGAACGAUUCAUUUCACGCCAAAUAAUACUAAUACUACUACUACUACUAAUAGUAAUAAUAGUACACCAAACCUUGGAACCGGACCUUAUUCUUCACCUAAUUUUCCUCAACAUUAUCGUGGUGCUUAUCCCACUCCAUAUUCUCAUAUGCCACCUCCACCAUUAAUCCCACGUUAUCCAUUGGCAGCAACAACAACUACCACACUUUACAUGACAUCCACAGCACCUUUUGUAAGUGCACCUUCAUCAUCAUCGUCAUCAUCUGUAUCUUCAUCAUAUCAUAUGACACCACAACAACAUCAAAAUAUGACAACAAAUAAUUGGUAUCAUUAUCAAAAUCCACAAACACCUUAUGGAACACAACAGUAUGGGCAUCCACAAUAA